UCGGUGAGGGCAGUGAGCCGACCUGGAUGGAUAAUGUUGGGUGCUCCGGUGGUGAAAGAGAUCUAACACAGUGUUCUCAUAAUGGAUUUGGGAAUGAGAACUGUGGUCAUGGUGAAGAUGCUGGUGUUGUCUGUUCAGGUCCCCAGAUCAGGCUGGUCAGUGGGACCGGUCUUUGCUCUGGCAGAGUGGAGGUCUAUUAUAGUGACCAGUGGGGGACAGUGUGUGAUGAUGACUGGGAUAUGAAGGACGCAGAGGUGGUGUGUAGACAGCUCAACUGUGGGAGUGCUGUCAGUGCCCCAGGGAACGCCCACUUCGGUGAGGGCAGUGAGCCGACCUGGAUGGAUGAUGUUGGGUGCUCCGGUGGUGAAAGAGAUCUAACACAGUGUUCUCAUAAUGGAUUUGGGAAAGAGAACUGUGGUCAUGGUGAAGAUGCUGGUGUUGUCUGUUCAGGUCCCCAUAUCAGGCUGGUCAAUGGGAUCAGUUUUUGUUCUGGUAGAGUGGAGGUCUAUUACAGUGGCCAGUGGGGGACAGUGUGUGAUGAUGACUGGGACAUGAAGGACGCAGAGGUGGUGUGUAGACAGCUCAACUGUGGGAGUGCUGUCAGUGCCCCAGGGAGCGCCCACUUCGGUGAGGGCAGUGAGCCGACCUGGAUGGAUGAUGUUGGGUGCUCCGGUGGUGAAAGAGAUCUAACACAGUGUUCUCAUAAAGGAUUUGGGAAUGAGAACUGUGGUCAUGGUGAAGAUGCUGGUGUUGUCUGCUCAGGUCCCCAGAUCAGGCUGGUCAAUGGGACUGGUCUUUGCUCUGGCAGAGUGGAGGUCUAUUACAGUGGCCAGUGGGGGACAGUGUGUGAUGAUGACUGGGAUAUGAUGGAUGCAGAGGUGGUGUGUAGACAGCUCAACUGUGGGAGUGCUGUCAGUGCCCCAGGGAACGCCUACUUCGGUCAGGGCAGUGGGCCAACCUGGAUGGAUGGUGUUGGGUGCUCUGGCAAUGAAAGCACACUGACACAUUGCCAACACUCUACCACACACAACUGCAGCCAUGGUGAAGAUUCUGGAGUUUUCUGCUUAUCAGGUUUCACCUUGAAGACACCCUCUUUCUCGAUAACGUCAUCCUAUUCAGUUUUCUCCCCUGGUGAAACGGUUGAGUUCAUCUGCUCUGUCAGUCAGCGAAUUCCCAUCACAGUAAACUUUGAUUUACAUAGGGAAGGAUCUUUAAUAAUGACCCAGGCAUUACAAACCACUCAGACUAGUGCCACUUUCACAUUCAUCAGACUGCAAUCUUCAGCCCAGGGAAAGUACAGUUGUCUACAAAACUGGACACGGAAUGGUCAAAAUAUUAUCAGUUCUUCCAGCAACUCAGUGAACAUCACUAUUGUUAUCCUUCCACCACCUAGAAUUUCCCUCACUGCUCCAAAUGGUUCAAUGGUCUGGGGAUCUAAGCAGUCAGAGGUUACCAGGGGCCACAUCUUCUCCAUCACCUGCUCCAUUCAGCUACAGUAUCCUGGGGGCCUCUUCCAUCUGGACUUCUCUGGGACCAACAGGACUGAGACUAAGCCAGCAGUCAACCACUCUGCCUCCUUUCACUUCCCUGUUGCAGAGUAUAAACAUGAGGGGAACUACAGCUGUAGCUAUGAAGUCAACGUUACCACCCGAACCUUUCAUUCUACUAGAUCAGAGUUACUGACAGUCAGCAUUCAAGCCUCUCCAGUCCUCGUUACUGUUUCUGGCGCAGCGGUUGGGAUUCUUCUCCUACUGAUACUGGUGGCCGUUUCCUGGGUGGUCUGGAGGAAGAGGAUGAACAGACCUCCACCCAUGACCAUGUCCCAAAGACAAUGUGGAAAUUGUGAAGAUGAAAAGUACUACAUCAACAUGGAAACCAUUAACAACCACAGAUAUGACGACCUGAAGACAAGAUGCUGUGCAGGACGGACCGCUCCAGGAGCCACAACCAGAGUUGGAAAUAAUGAAGAUAGAUCAAAGGCUACAGAGACCAUAAAUGAAAUUCCAGAUUCAUUCACAGAGAUGGCCAUUGCUGAUGAAAGUGGGAAUGACUAUGAAGAAGAUGAAAAAAUUUAUGAACAUUUGGGCUGAGCAAUUUUUUAUAAUAUUUUUUACCAUGAUUUAACUUGGUAAGCCAAUUGACAACCAAUUCUUAUUUACAAACUGUCCAAAGCCAUAA